CGUUUAUUAAAUGAAUUAAUGACUAACCAAGAUAUCGAACUAAAAACGGCUCCGGAAUAUGUGAUUGGUUAUAUUGUGCGAGAAUUAAGAAAUAAAGACCUUUCUCUGUUAACCGAACAACCAGCAGAAAAAAGAAAAAUUGCUAACCGACAUAAGCAUUCACCAGUAGCAGAGAAUUAA